AGAAUGGUAAAACUUGAUCCAGUAUUGUUUUCCGUUGUUCAUAAGAAGGGAGAAGAUAAUUAUGAUUCUCUUUCAUGGGACGAACUUUUCAAAAGGUUUGUCGGAUAAGCUAUGAAAUUCAGACAAAUCAUCGCAUUAGAGAAGAUAAAAUCAAUCGUCAUUCUUUUUUCUCCCAAAAAUAAAUUUCAACCAAUUAAGGUAAUCAUAGCCUCCUGCGCAGAGGCCUCGGCCACUAACAACGUCUGCGCAGGAGGCUAGAUAAUCAUUGCUGCCGUGUAGAAGACUUUCAGUUUUACGAAAUGUAAAUAUAAUUCUCUUUGAGAAAUUAAACCUUAAAAAUACUGGAGUUUGUGGUAGAUUUAGCAAAGAAGAGUGACUAGCCUCGUUUCGGUGCUUUCCAUAAAGGGCUUGCAUGGAUUGUUUUCAAUCUUAAAGCCUUACACUUUGCUCCAAAUAGCAGUCUCUGCUGAAAUUUAAAAAGCCGAGACGAAGUCGAGGUUUUUAUUCACGAUAAUCACCGAGCCUGAGGUGAAUAAUUGUUUUAGUAUAAUUUCAUAGGUGAUUAUUUGGGAAAAAAUAACAAAAGGCAUAUUUCUUCGUCAUUUAAUUGACAAAACUGCUUCGGCCGCCAUUUCCAAAAUCGCUUUAUACCGGGCAACCAAUCAGUGUGGAGAAUUUUCAAUAAUCACCUAUGUAAUUAUACUAAUUUAUAUUAUUACUUUUAUUAGAAUUAUUGAUCGCAUGAAUCCUUGUCAUGUUGUGACAUUUAACGGACAAGCGCCAAUUACCAGGUAACUAGAAAUGCAUUAUUUUGUCCCCAACUAGCCUCGAUCUCGUGUAAAUUUCCAUACAUUUCCGGUGUAUUUUGUUAGCGCCAAUGCCACAGUUUAAAACCAACUUUAGUAUCCCCUAACUUUGUCCCGCUCUUUCCGUUUACCGUACUUAUGCAAUUCUAAUAUACGUGUGUACGAAAGGUCUCUAAAGCCCGGAUUAAACGAGGAUGGGAGUGUAUGAGAGUUGGCAGUCAUGACGUUGGCUGUUCUUCAUGCUUACCCAGCAGUAUACUGUAUUUUGUUUAAAACAUAGUUGUAACACUCAUCAAUUUGAACCUUUAUUUUGUUCAUCUAGAGCUUGAAAUGUUCCCCGUAACAAUGCGUGACUGUCAACUCUCGUUCGCCCGGGGCUUAAUUCAAUGCAAUGCUGUUGAGAACAACCAUUCGAAUUGUAGUUUAAUCCCCUUACGUACAAUUGUUCAUGCUUUUAGAAAAGGUAAACUUGAACUUAUUGAAGUCAAAUUGGAACAACGUAUGGGCAAUAAAAAGGUAUGGGAUUGCCCAUAGCGUCUUAUAUUAAUUUGGAGAUAGUUGUAAGUCGUUAACACUUCUUAUUAAGGACCGUGAGACACCACAAUCUAGUGACCGCUCCUAAUAGUAGUAGAUACUCCAUCAUCUAACUUAUUGUGCUGCAAACAUGCAGUACUGUAGCAACACACGUAUCGCUCACGUCUGAUACAAGUAUAAUGUCUCAAAACAUCGAGCUUACAUUACAAAGUAUUUCAAUACUUUAGGUUACUCUGGUUCACAAUCUGGAAUAUUACGGUAUUGAUCCAGGAGAAUUUUCUCAUAAACUGCAACUCAAAGCUGCCUCAAGCACUUCAGGUACUUCGUGACUGUAUCAAUAUUUCCUUUCUGUAAUGGCUUUAGAGGUUACGAUACGACGGAAUAUAAAUUUUCUCUGAUGCAUGCAUAUUUGAUCAGAUUUUUUCAUUUCUUUCACAGUAAACUCGUGUCUGCUUCGAAAGUAUACGCGUACGCUGAUUAUUCGAGAAUACCCAUACCCAUAAGUCGGAACUGGGGUGACCUCUCUUUUAUGUCAGGAAAUCUGUCAUUUCGAUUCUCUUUGUAGCCUGUAUGUAGUCCCAGACCGCACCAAGAAUAUUUGUGUUGUAUCUUCUUAGGACGUGGUUUACACUAGCAAUUUUGUCGGCGAUUUUGUGUUUCUGGUGGAUGUAAAUGAGUGAACUUGCACACAAAAAUAUAGAGUCACUUUUCAGAAGUGACUUUUGCAUGUCAAUCACAUUUGCCAGGAGGGGAAAAAUCGCCGACAAAAUUGCCAGUGUGAACCAGGCCUAGCCUGUUAGUAUAUGAGUUAACCGCGGGACACUCGCCUGAUUGAGAUCUGCAUGCCCUUUGCUAAAGUUUAUAAAAUUCAAUUUGUGUUCAUACAGUAUGAGAAACGAGCCAGCCCAGCGUGUGUGGGAUCUCGGUUAAGUGGGAUAAAAUUUUCGAUAUGAACUUUUCUAAUCAUUCCACCUGACCGGGAUGGACGUUUUUGCUGAUUUUGAGCGGCAUGUCCAGAAAAUAAAAACAAAAUAUAAACAUUAAUAUAGACCCAAACGUCACUAUUAAAUUUGUAAUACAACCGAGAGUUUGUUGAUAUUAUGUGGGAUAAAAGCAGCCAUAUAUGAACACAGAAAUAAUUCCCCCACUCAUAGUGAGUUUCUCAGUUAACCAGGCUCAUACGAAUUAGUCCUUGGACGAUAUGUUGGUCUUCAUGGAUUUUUGGGCUCACUCGAAAUACGCUAAUUCCCUGUCCGUGAAAUGGACACUUUAACUGCUGGGGGUUGGAAUACACGGGAACCUCUGAGGAUGAGAGGGUUUCAGUGUCAGUUGAAACUGUUUUUGAUGCUUACUUUUUCAUUACUAGUUUCACAAUUACCAGGAAAAUCUAAUCCAGGUCAACAAGUUCUAAUUCAAGGAAAUCAAAUUUUGCAUGUGGCUAGAACGUUGCAAGGUAAAGUUAUAUAUUAUGUUCUUUGUCAGGCGAAACGAUAAGUCACAUGUCCAUACAAUAUGUCAAUAUCUAAAUAUCUGAAAAUAUCAAUAUCGUUUUAUAGAUGACUAUCAGAUAGCAGCCAAAUAUAUCAAUGGACUAGAUAAACUUAAACAGUCUAAGAAUAAAAGGAAAUAAUGGACGGGAUUUGAAUGUAAGUUUUCUGUAAGUAUUAUAAAGUGGAAAGAGAAUAUAUUUAAUACAAUUCGCUUUGUUUUCAUCAAAAUAAUCGCAAGGCAGCCAAAUAUACUACUAUGCUUGAACAGUACAGCAUUAUGGUGGGUUGAGAAGAAGGUAUAUCCAGCCAUAUAUAUGACGGACGUAUGUAACUCGGUGGAUUCAUUGUUACAGUUUGUUUCACAGUUAUUCAGCUAUCAUUGAAAGGUUUUCAUUUCUUUCGUAAUCAGCAUUUUUCUGGCUUUCUUCACUGAACAUUUGGUGUCCCUUCACUGAACAAGUCCCGGUUACACUUGCAACUAUUGCCGCGAUUUCAAGUGUGAUUUUCUUCUUGUGAUGGAUGUGAAAGAGUAGAUGAGUUCAUGCACCCUCAUCUAAACAUUCAUAACUCAUCCACUCGUUCACAUCCAUCAGGAGAAGAAGAUCGCGGCAAAAAUUGCAAGUGUAAACGUGCCUUAAGAUUAGUUGCGCAUUGUCCAAUCUACCAGAACGCACGUGUAUCAUGUGAUGUAACCUUAAGCAUGAAGGAUUCAUCUAUGUUGUUUUGUUAUACAGAUGAGAUUACAAAUAUUAUAAUACAGUAAAAAUAUAAAAAGAUCAAGUCUGAGUGCAGCAUUCCAAUACAUGUAGGAUUGCUGCCGUUAGUAACAGUCUGUUCGUAUUGCGAAUCAGAUUUUCCUAAAAUAGAUUGUCUUAUAUUUGGUUUCUCUGAGCACCGCCCAGGACAAAACUGCUUACAUUCAGGACAACGUAAUGUUCCAAUUAUUGACCACUGUCCUAAAGUACUAUUGAUGUGUAAAACAUGUCCUCUCUUCGUACAUUUGUAUUUCGUUCCUGCAACAAUAAUGUAAAGUGUCUCAUCUGAACAUGAGUAUUUGUAACAACCACUACCCCAGUCCAACAUGGUACGAGUCAGACGUCCCUUCUGUGCACUCCAUUGGCUGGCCUGCUCUACACACUUGGAUUCCGAACCGUAACUUUCUAAAGCGUAAUUAUCAAAAUAGUCGGGGCUAUUAUCCGGCAUAUGACACGCUGUUUCUCUGGCUUUUUGAUCAGAGUUUGUCAAACUAAACUUUUGAUAAAACGGGCAGUAAUCUGCAAGGCCGACAGAUCCACCAAACGCUCUUGUAUCUGUUAUAAGAGAUUUUAAAGCGUCGUUUCUAGACAGGUGGUUGAAAUAUUGAUAUUCUCUUGGUAGAGCGCUCGAGUAUUUCUCAAGAUUACAUAGCGCUACUGCAUCAUUACUAUGUGUACAACGAGUGUGUAAUGGGGUUUGUUUGGUUUGGAAACAAAAUGGCGAAGGAGAAUCAUUAUUCUUAAGUUGACUUCUCAUCCAGGUUCGACAGCUGCGUUUGGCAAACAUGCAACCAAGAUUUCUCCCCCAAUCUAAAUCCUCUGCCAUCCUGUAGUUCACCUUAUACCACCCUGUAUCCUCCAUCAAUGCCAGUGUCAUCCGAGAGAACACUGGAUUCUGAGUAUAUGUUCCUGUCAUUGCCUCGUUUUCAAACACUCGCUUUUCCCAAUGUGUCCAUCGUGUUCCAGUACGCCCCUGGUUCUCAAUCUCUGCUCCUUCUAAAGAGCUACACCGGAAGUGUUUUCUCACUUCAUGUUUAACUUUUGGAGUCACUAUCAUCAAUACUUCAUGUUCUACUAGUCCAUGCGCUGUUUCCCAGUCUUUCCGUGUUAUUUCCCUGACAAUAUUUCCACUCCAUUGAUAUAAGUUUGUAUUGUUAUUAUAGCUAGGUAGACCAAAUGCGUUUCUCCGUGUCAAUGGUCGACCCAAUCCAUCUCUAUAAAAUGCAUAAAGACCUGCGCUGAAACCAAGGGCAUGAAAAAUCUCGUGUUUAAUGGUUGCUAAGAGACCAGGAUAAUGACGUGGAUCAGUUUGUAUUUCACCAGGACAAAUAUUAGCAAAGCCAGCAAUAGGUCUAUCCAGCGAAUGCUCUUGUUGACAAUAGGAUGCAUAAGCAACCGCUUUUGUCUCUCUGCAAUGUUGUGUCUGUAACGACGAUACAUACAGGAUAAAAUCUUUAUGUUUUAUGCCUUCUAUAUUUUCUUUGUUUUGUGACUGACAUUGUGAGCCAUGUUCAUCGCAUGUUCUACAUAUGUCUAGAUGUUGCUGUGGUAUUGUAACAGGACCACAGUAUGUUUUUACACACGCUUUCUUACAAAAUAUUGUACUUCCUUUACUUUUCCCUUCCUUGUCUUUGAGAAAAUACGAGCGUUUACGGCACAUGUGCUGAAGACGAAUUGGCUGUUUUGAUGCUUUUACUUUAAGAGUUUUAUGAAAAUAAUCUAGAGCUUCUGUGAUUAACUUUUGAAUGAUUAAGUUUCUUUUUGUUUGAUCUAAUUGAUGAAGACUUGUGUCAAAUGUCACGUGAAAGCGCAUAUGUUGUGUGGGAGAUUGGGUACGAAGUGAAAGAACAGGUCCGCUAGGCACGUGAUGUACCAUAUCGUCUUUGGUCGGGAUCCAUUGGCGGGCAUGCGCAGAACCAAAGCACCAAAUGAAUAAAUAAAUGCAAUAUAUCCAGUUCGAAAUGCGUUUUCUUUUACAAACGUUGCGUUGAACUAGAAAAAGUUUAAAUAAUGUUAAUAUUGCGUUGUACUGUACUCUAUUCUACUCUACUCUACUCUACUCUACUCUACUCUACUUAAGUCUUAACUAAUUGUAUUGUAUUGUAUUGUAUUGUAUUGUAUUGUAUUGUAUUGUAUUGUAUUGUAUUGUAUUGUAAUGUAUGUACAUAUUCUUAUAAAUUAACUUUAUUUAAUGUAACAAUUGUUAAAGAGCCCACAUGUGUAUAUACUGUUGUGGUGACCCUGCCACUCGUAUAUUUUUAGUGGCGAAGUUUAAUAAAUAAAUAUUGCACGUAAUGAACAUGAGAACCAUGAGUUUAUAUCUGAUAAUAAAAGGUCCUGUGGAUAUAAAUGAGCCUUUCUGGACUAUAUUCUAUUAACUGGAAAGCUCCAACAAGGGCAAAAUCUUACUGGCAAGUCACUAUAGAUUAUAGGAAAACUGUAGUAUAAAGAAAUUUCGGAUUGAUGGGGAUGCAACUAAAUAAUACAAGGAGAAUUUGAGCGAAGGCCGUUCGUCGGAGUUCUCCUUGUAUUUUUCAGGUAGUUGUAUCCUUAAUAUCAACCCGAAGUUUCCUUAUUAUUGUCACUACAUACACUCAUGGGACAGACCUUUCAAGAUUAUAAACUGUGGUAUAUACUGUUGAGUUCGAUUCAAACUAAAAGCACCAUGUUGCACCAUGCAGUUUCCUCAUGGCAUCCGAGGUGAAAUUAUAGUUAAUUGGAUAACCGCAUGCGCAAUGAAGUUCCUGUAGUACCCAGACUGCAGAAGUGAGAUGCAACUGUGCCACCAAAACGAUUCUUAAAAUCUUCUGCUUAAAUAUUUCUGAGUGUAGAUUUGUAGGAAUGAAUUGCGAGAUUAUCUAACUAUAUAUACAACGGUCAACUUGAGAAUCUGUGUACGUUGAGAAUUUGUCUCAGGCCUCCACUCAACCUCGUUCCCAUGCCUGUGAACGAGGUUGGCCUCCACAGAGACAAAUUCUCAAACUACAUAGAUUCUCAAGUUCGGUACUACUGCGUUUCCUUCGCUCGGCGAAAAUUUCUGUGGAGAAGAAAGGGCACUGCACAUUACCGCAAACAAGAAUGAGCUCAUUCAUAAGUUAACUUGUUACUUCAUCAAGUAAAACAUGUUCUCUUAAACUUUAGUGUCUCUCGUUCAGCCUGUUUAAGCAAUAUUUAUUCGGAGUAGAGAUCAGUUCUUUGAUGUUUGGUACCCGCCAGCUAUUGUAAACAUUACCUGUUGUUUUGUCGUUCCUCCAAAAAUCUUUAGCUCUUUCUUCUUGCAAAGACGUGAAAUCAAGGAUCACCGUCAUUGAUAAGAAUAAAACUGAAACAAAAAGAUUUGUAAAAUGCAGUUUUGGUCAAGUAUUUUUAUCUUUAUGCAUGGGUAGAAGUUACAAUGAUGUUGAGCGAUCAUUUUGUUGACUUUGUUAUAUACAAAUCUGUUCCACAAUGGCGCACAUAAACAAAUUACUUGAUGUUAUAUAUUGCGUUACGACAUUUUUCACUUUCUCUGUUUAUGGUCUAAAUGUCGGGACUAGUCUUAUGACAUGCGAUCUAUCAAUGUUAAGAAGAAAUUAUCUUGUAGAGACUUGUAUAUAUACUACAGUUUAGACUAUAAUAAUUACUGACAUUAAUAAUUCAAAAUAAGUAAUAUAUAAUCUUUGAACCGUUAUAUUUAGUAGUGAUUGUUUUUAAGAAGUUUACUAAAGAAAGUGAUUAUUUCAGUAUUCUUUAAAAGUAAGAGAGUUAAAUUUCAGUUUAUAUUUACCAACUCUCCUGAUCUCUGUUCGUUUCCAGUGCAGUAGACGUGAAAUGAUCAAACCAGCAGGAUAGGCAGCCAACCGCGAUAAUAAGCACGAAGAAUAGCAAGAACAAAUAAAAGCAAAAGUUCAAGGAAAAACAGAACAACAUUUAUACAACCGUCCAUGUGAUUUUGGACAAAAUAUUGUUGAUGAACAAACAUAUAGUCAUAGUACACAAUAUUUAACACAAAAAUAUCUAAGCCUAAAUUUUCAUGUUACGUCAUGUUGUCUUCAAGAUUAAAAUAGAAAUGAAGAAAUAUCUUAAUUUAUCUAGCAUAUAUAAAAAUUGACCGUGUCUUCUGCAGAUAAAAUCUUCAUAUAGAAGCCCCCCCCCCCCUUUAUUUUCCGUAGUAUUACGUAUACAUCACGACUCUUAAUUUUACACUGAGUGUACAAUAUUAUGAUAGGUUUCAUUUCGUUUUGUACAAACACCGCUUAAAUGUAUUUGUCAAAUCUUUAAUUCGAUCCAUAAGCCAGGGCUACAAAACAAUGAAAGUUAUUUCACCAUGCAAACAUAUAAGGAACUUUUUCUGCUAUAUGCAGACAAUUUACGUACCGAGAACCGAGGGCAAGGGCGUCUUGCUUCCGCCGUUGCAUCAAGUGUCCUGGGUACGAGUUUGGAAUCGCACUUGCCAGGGGCCCGGAGACGACUCCAGGAAGGGCAAUUUUCACCAAAUCUCAAGUCCAGGAGAUUCAAAGUUCCAGAUAAUGUUUGACUGGUUUCUGGCCAAUGAAGUCCAUGAAAUGCGAGGAUGGCGCUAAUUUUGCGUCUUUGAGAGCCUAGGAUUGCAUUUCAUGCGUUUUCUGGUAUGAUCUAAGGAUAACUGUUCCAUCAAAUAAGUAACGCAUCUUUUAUAUAGUGACUUUUCCCACUGCCUAUUCGUUCCGGUGGUCCUGUUAUAUAUACUUGUAAAUAUUUAUCCAUUUAACUGAAGAAAAUAUCAAAUUUCGGAAAUAUUUUUUGUCCCAAAUUUGACCUUCCCGAUAUCGUUCGAUAAUCCGGGAAAACGUCGAAUAAUGCGAUUCGAUAAAAAAUUCUGCAUUAGAGCAAAUCACCUGUUCAUGGAAGCCUAUGAUAUCUUUGCUCGUAAUUGAACUACUUUCAUGAAUUUCACGAAAAAUCUCAAAAUCUUUUGCGAAUAAAAUACUAUAUCCUGCUUCUUUAAGCGGAGAAAACCAUGUUAAAUUCGCUUCAUCUGUGGCAAUAUACAGUUUGUUAGAGUACUGUAGUGCAUUCGCCUUUGUUAACUGUAAUAACCAGUGUUGAAUACUCAAACCUAGGCCAGUUUUAUGAUUAUUUCUGCGCACGUGAAUAGCGUUAAAAGGUUUUCCAAUGGCGGAUUCAAUUCUUGCAACGUUAUAUAGUACCUCUGGUGAUGGUUGUAUCCAGUCAAUCAGUGCUUUUUGCGCGCUUAAAGCUCUUUUGUAAUCUGUAAAGAAUAUAUGCCGAACAAAUAACGACCCUUUUUCGAAGUAAAUUAUGUCUUCUUGUCGUUUGCGCAACUCAGGUAAAAAUUCCCAGACCCCCAGUUCAUUUUCUGUUUUCUCUGGGCAAACUUGACGAUAUUUAGCAAUCUUUUUGAAAUUCUGACUGUAUUUUUUAAAAUUUAGACUUAGUCUGCCUGUAUUAAAUCUAGCAGGUAUUUUAUCAACCCAAGCAUGAGCUAGACCAUUGUGGCAGACUACAUACCACGAACUAGUAUUAUAUUUCUUUAAAAAAUCAUGAUGGUUUGAAGUUAUCUCUUGUACAGAGAGCAAUGAUGAGAGUUUGUCAAGAUCAAUAAGUUUCGAGACGGAAACCAACUCGUUUGUUGUGAGCAUGUUGUAGAUGGUAUACCCCGCUGACUGGUUAUAUUGCGUCUUCAGUUCCAACAUGCGAUCGUGAGGAGCUAAUGGUUGGACAAGAAGUGUUCGUUUCAACAUGGCGGCUAUAAUCACAGCAUUUUCGAAAGCAAUUCUUUGAUUAUUCCAACCACCUCCAGGUGGUUGAUAAGAUAAAUACUGUUUAGAUUCGCUUCGUUUGUCUUUGUGUGGAAUUAUUUCGGUACCAAACGCUUUAUAUGGAACUUCGCCACUUGAAUUAAUUUCCCCAGCGCGUUCAUUGAUUCUCCAAGUUAUGAUAGCAAUAAGUGAUAGAAACGUGAUUGCUAUGAUUUGUUUUCGAUUAAUUCUAUUCAAACAGCGUUUAAUAGAACGUUGUAAAGGCAACAUAUCGUUGACUAGCCAUAAACCGUGUUUGCAGUUUGUCUGUAAAAUUAUUCAAAAUUUACAAAGCGACAUGUGAAUCUGUGUUGUCCAAUUUUAUUGCUAGAUUAUUAUAUUAUACUUUAAUUGCUACCGUUGCCCAUGCAUUCGAAAUAUGAUCAAUAGACGUUUCUCCCACGCCGGGGCCACGGCCAUAUUUGUCACAGUCGAGAAUGCUCCCCUCUAACAACGAUUGCAUUAUAUGGUGUUGUUUUAUCAUAGCUUUAAAACUGUAAAUAAUUCCAUUUUAAAUUCUUCGGUUUUACUCCGUUCAUUCAUACAUAAGAAUAUACAAAGAAUAUACAUGUAUUGUAAACAGGUGAUUUUCUUAAUGCUUAACUGAACUGGAGUGUAAAUUGUACUAUAUUUUGACCUGCUAAGUCAACAGGUGCAAAAACAGUCACAUUUAGUGAUUUUCCAGAACAUUGUUUCUUCGCUUUAAAGAAGAAAUCGAAGCAUCCACAAAAGCAAAGUAAUAGCAUUAAGAUAUAGAAAAGGAUAGUACACGAUACCCUAGUUUUGCUUUCACCUCUGCUGAAACCGGAUAAAUCAAGGUUAUGCUAAGUUCAUUCAUCCGUAACACGCAAUACACUUCGCAUGUUACACAGUACACAUUUUCUUUACAAUUCCACUACUAGUAAUCAUCCCUAUCGCCGCAUCGGCUACCUUUUUAAAUACAAUAAUGUUACCACAAAUUAAAUGAGAUGCAGCCUUAUAAAUAGUUUUCAGUUUUAGUUAACAUUUUACUCGUUAAAAACCGUUAGUUAUGUGUGUAUGAGUUUAUCCGCUGUUUGAUCAAGACAAAAUAAAGUAUUUGUUAUUGUUACGAAUGACUUCUUGACUCACUGGAGCUUUAUAAUUAAACAUACGUAAAAAUUAAUAAAACAGUUACAGCAUUGCCAUUAAAUGAAGGCGCUUUUGUUGUUUUUUUUUACUUUUCGAAACGUACUCGAGCUGAAACUUCAAAGAUUUCGGCCCGUAUUGUGUAAAAGAUUAAGUUAGCGUGUCCUAAAUAUAAAUAAAACUUAUUUGAAUGUCACAAUUCAGUGUUACAGUUCACAAGUGCCACAUCAUGAUCAAACUUACUGGAUCAAUAGUCCCAAUACUAGACAUUAAAUCAAACAGCGUAACUUUUUGAAUUUGGGGGGACAUCCCCUGUUAAUCAAUCUCGUUCCCCGAGCCUGCGAUCCUUAGGACGGAACGCGAGGCUCUGGGAUAAUCCGUUGCCGGAAGCCACGUUGUAACCAAUUUCCCCCGGCUUUAGGGUUAGGGUGUGGGGUUAGAGGUUAGGGAUUAGGGUUUGGAUUAGGAUUAACGUUUGGAUUAAUCGUAGACCCAUUACAACCCAAUACUUUAUUGCAUACAAUGGCAUUACAACGCCAAUAAAUUAUUGGUUACAACGUGCGGAACGGCUGGGAAGCCAGGAAUCCUGGCUAAGAUUGAACUACGCAUUCCAUUUCAACGGCCAAUCAGAUUCCUCCCUGAAACGGAUUAUCCCAGAGCCUCGCGUUCCUUCCAGAGGAUCGCAGGCUCGGGGAACGAGAUUGCCUGUUAAUGUGAGUCAUGCAUGCUGCUCCGUUGUUAUAAGCUCCAGGGAUUCUUCAGGUAAAUAGAAUUUUUCUUGGAUUUGUUAUGCAUUGAUGGUUGUCAGGAUUUUUUUCACGUUAACCCAUAAAGCGCCAGCUCUCUCUCCUUGAUGAGUAAAAUCGUCUGGCGUUAGAUUAAAAUAAUGUAGGACAGAAUACAAUUUAAUAUUGGGUUAAAUAAUCCUCAUUUCAAAAGUUCCUUGUUUCAACGGUUAAGCGCAUAGGUAAGCGCAUGCACCAGGGCGCUUAUUUUCAAUGGUUAAUUAUUGGCAACAUCUACUCUUUGCGUUGAAGUUACGUUUCGCUUCCAGCCUGGCCCCUAGGCCUCUUGGUACGCGUUCUCUCGUCACAGAAAAAUAAAAGGCGUGCACAGAGGACCAGGGGCGUAAGAACAAGGAGGGGAGGGGGGGGCAAGGCCUCCCAAGUUUUCAGAUGCCACAAAAAGUGCCCUCUCUCCGGUGGCAAAGUGCCUUUUGUUUAUUUUUCCUUCCCUCCCCCGUCGCCAACAUUUCCGGGAAAAUUUUUUUAGGUGCCCUUUUCAUUCCAAAAGUGCCCCUCGAAACCGGUACCUCCUCCCAACCUUUUGAUGCUUCCAACGCCCCUGCCAUGGACUUCGUCUGCAGCGCUCCUUUUUAUGUAAAAGACGAUACUGGUAAUAACGGAGAAUAUAUUUUAAUGCUUUCAAGUUGAAAAUGUAUUUAUUUCAGCAAAAAAGUCGAUUUUCGCUCGUUUCAAAAGUAUCUGGCCCUGCAUGCACAAAUUUCUCGCAGAAUGAGUAUGACUGAAAAACACAACUGCACAGGUUACAAAUAGCAUAGCGGAUUUCCCCCAUAUGUUUCCCUGAUUAAACCAGUAAAUUUGGUCAGGGACAUACUACCUUCAGUGACCGACUGGAUGAAACGCGGUUGCAUGCUUAUAAGUUAUAACGCAUUAGUUUGCAAAGGUUCAAUAACAAUAUCAGUAAAACAAAUUCACAAGUAUUCACUCGUAAUUAAUUCAAUCGUUGGUAAGAACCAGCGAAAUAUUUAUAGUUCCAUCAUUAUGUCUAGUAACUAAAGUCCAUCGUGAUGUCAUGAAAUAUAGACCAAGACAACCACACAGAGUGUUCAUUUGGCCUUGGCCGGCUUGGGAAUGAAUUUUACUCAGCUGAAAGAGAACGGAAUACCAGUAAGUUUAUAGUAACGAAUGUACUCAUUUGUUCCUUCAACAAAGAUGUCACCUUCAUUUGAAGGAACAAAUGAGUACAUUCGUUACUAACUUACUAGUAUGACAAAUAUAAUAUUGUGUUUGUACAACUUCUGACUGCUGCUUUGGAACAUUUCUAUUGUGUUCCUUAUUGGUGGGUUUCACUUGGCGGCACAAAAUUUUAAAAUUAAAGGUACAAUGCUGGAUGUGUAAUAUUUUUGGCAUAUCAUUACUAAUGACAUUACUAGUAUUCGCCUCGGUGUUCGCAAAAAUAUUUCAGUCGAUUCACCUAUUUCUCCUGGAGUUACGCAGCUUUGAAUUUUUUUUUCGAAUGCCGUUUAAACUAUGUGGCACAUAAUUAAAAAAAUUAUCGUUAAGGUUAAGACCUGACUUCUAAUAUGACCUCAAAAAGAAGCUAACAUUUUGGCUAAAUCUCGUUGUGAAGCGGCUCAAAUUUUUUUGUGAACAUUAUAGGAGUAACGAUAUUGUACCUAGCUUUAAUUUUAAAAUUUUGUGCCGCCAAGUGAAAGAAGGAAUUAGUGGAUCACCUACGUACAAUCACGUGCAAAAAUUACGAUACAAAGGUAUAUUUACUAUAUUGUCAGGUCAAAUAGACCUUUCCCCUUAUAACCAAAAUUUUGAUCUAGGCAAGUCUAGACAAAUAUUUCAUCACAGCUUGAAAGAGCAUCACAAAAUUAGUAAUAUUCCAAAGUUUCGUUGCGAAAUGUUGGAAAAUGAGGAAAAUAGAGCCUUGCGAAAUUUGCAAUUUUCAGUCAUUUUGCAUUACAAACGGGAAAUUGCAGCCCCAACACCCGAAUCGGAUGUCAAUUUCCCGUUUGUAAUACAAAAUGACUGAAAAACGGCAAACUUCGCAAGGCUAUAUUAUCCGCAUUUUACAAGAUUUUGCAACAAAACUUUGGAAUAUUACUAAUUUUGUGAUGCUCUUUCAAGCUGUGAUGAAAUUUUUGUCCAGAUCGAAAUUUUAGUUAUAAGGGGAAAGGUCCAUUUUGUUUUUCAACAUUGAAUUGGGGGGUAAUCACAGAAAUAAAACGAAAUAUCAAAAGUCUCAUUAUUUUUGCACGAGAUUGUAGGCUAUGGUUAUAUCGCACAUUUCUCCCAUAUAUAGUCAGAAAACAGAAUAUUGAGUAAUAAAAUAAAAUGAAUAUUCAAAAACGCGCAAGGAUUAAAGAAUCUACAACGAGGUAUAAACUUUGUUGAGUGCAUAUCUUUGUAAUUUAAUUAAUCUGUAUUCCAUUAGCAACCGCGCGCGGCGGAAUUUGGGAAAUUACGCACACGCAGUUGUGCUUGCGCUGAACUGUUUGUCUACGUCAUUUAAAUCAGGAAACUUUGCUGUUGUGGACUUGUCGUUGCCCAGCCUCUUGUAUCUGUGUUUGUGCCUGUAUUGUUUGUAUCAGUGUAUUGUAAAAACGUAUUUGUAUUAUGAUUUGUAUGUACUAAGCAAAAUUUAAAAUAAAAUGAACCGAAUUGUU